AUGGCUGCAGCCGCCUCAGAAGUCGAUAUCCACGGCGCUUCCUACGAGCCGAAGAUUGCCGAACAGAACAUGGGUCGUAGCAGGGGAUCAGUGCUGAACGUUCUGGCACGUAAUUUCAAGACCAUCGAAAAGACAACACUCUACCUGGCCUUCUUCAUCAAUGUCAUCUUGCUUUUCCAUAGAGUUGAAAUUAGGAACUCUGAACCUGAGAAAUCCGAAGUCGAGGAAGAUGAGGAAAAUGCUAACGAGAUGGUGUUUAUAACUGGAAUGGUGGUCCCAUACGUUGAGUACGAAUUGACAGGCUGGGUGCUGGCGCAGGUUUUAUAUUGGAUUAGUGUGCUCCACUUGACAACAUCGUUCGCAUUGCUCGUCUCCUUCUAUCAGCUCAAAAUUCCACUUAUUACCUUCAAACGUGAAAAAGAAGUGGCACGACGUCUCAUGUUCGAUGGAUGCUGGAUAACGGAAGAAGACAAUGAGGAAGGCGGCGUAAUCGACACUGCUCUUUGGUACUUUUUUUACGAAUAG